UGGAAGUUCCUAGAAUUUUCAAUAUACAGUAAACAAAAGGGAUGUGCGCCGACCCGGAAGUGAAAAGCGAUUCCGGGCUAUAGUAAUUUCGAGGCCCGGCAGUGCCGAGGCAGAGAGGGUUCUGUAACCAUGGCUGUGGCUGUGGCGGGAUCCAUUACCGGGGCGGAGCUAGGCCCCGCGGAAGAACUCGCCAAACUCGAGUAUCUAUCUUUGGUGUCCAAGGUUUGCACUGAACUGGACAAUCAUUUAGGGAUCAACGACAAGGAUCUGGCCGAGUUUGUGAUCAGUCUUGCUGAGAAAAAUACCACCUUCGAUACUUUUAAGGCUUCUUUGGUCAAAAAUGGCGCAGAAUUUACGGAUUCUCUUGUUAGUAACUUGCUGCGUCUCAUACAAACCAUGCGGCCUCCAGCGAAAUCUACUAGCAAAGAUCCAGUUGUUAAACCCAAAACUGAAAAAGAAAAGCUGAAGGAACUCUUUCCAGUCCUUUGCCAACCAGACAACCCUUCUGUUCGGACCAUGCUGGAUGAGGAUGAUGUGAAAGUCGCUGUGGAUGUCCUGAAAGAACUGGAAGCCUUAAUGCCCAGCGCAGCAGGCCAAGAGAAGCAGAGAGAUGCUGAGCAUCGGGACAGGACAAAGAAGAAGAAGCGGAGUCGGAGUCGAGAACGAGACAGAGAUCGAGAUCGAGACAGAGACAGAGACCACAAGCGGAGACGCCGGUCCCGUUCUGGAUCACAUUCCAGGACUCGAGAGAGGAAUAAAGGGAAGUCUAGAUAUCGGUCAAGGAGCAGAAGUCAGAGUCCCCCCAAAGACUGGAAGGACCGGGACAAGUAUGGGGAGAGGAGUCUGGACAGGUGGCGGGAUAAGCAUGUGGACCGCCCUCCCCCUGAAGAGCCCUCCAUCGGGGACAUUUACAAUGGCAAAGUUACCAGCAUCAUGCAGUUUGGGUGCUUUGUGCAGCUGGAGGGACUAAGGAAGCGGUGGGAAGGCCUGGUGCACAUCUCUGAGCUCCGGCGGGAGGGCCGCGUGGCCAAUGUGGCUGAUGUAGUGAGUAAAGGCCAGAGGGUCAAGGUCAAAGUGCUGUCCUUCACUGGGACCAAGACCAGCCUGAGCAUGAAGGAUGUGGAUCAAGAGACUGGAGAAGAUCUGAACCCAAACCGACGCCGAAAUCUAGUUGGGGAGACUAAUGAGGAGACCUCGAUGCGGAAUCCUGACAGACCCACUCACCUGUCCCUUGUCAGUGCCCCUGAAGUAGAGGAUGACUCUCUGGAGCGCAAGCGCCUCACUCGCAUCUCUGACCCAGAGAAAUGGGAGAUCAAACAGAUGAUUGCUGCCAAUGUCCUUUCCAAAGAAGAGUUUCCAGACUUUGAUGAAGAGACUGGCAUUCUCCCUAAAGUGGAUGAUGAAGAAGAUGAGGACCUUGAGAUCGAACUGGUUGAGGAAGAGCCUCCAUUCCUGAGAGGACACACCAAGCAGAGCAUGGACAUGAGCCCCAUUAAAAUUGUUAAGAACCCAGAUGGCUCCCUCUCCCAAGCAGCUAUGAUGCAGAGUGCCUUGGCCAAAGAAAGGCGGGAACUCAAGCAGGCCCAGCGGGAAGCGGAGAUGGAUUCUAUUCCCAUGGGACUCAAUAAACACUGGGUUGAUCCGUUGCCUGAUGCGGAAGGCAGACAGAUUGCAGCCAACAUGAGAGGCAUUGGGAUGAUGCCCAACGACAUUCCUGAGUGGAAGAAACAUGCCUUUGGGGGCAAUAAAGCUUCUUAUGGAAAAAAGACCCAGAUGUCAAUCAUUGAGCAGAGGGAGAGCCUGCCCAUCUACAAACUGAAGGAGCAGCUGGUCCAGGCUGUCCAUGACAAUCAGAUCCUGAUUGUCAUUGGAGAAACAGGAUCUGGGAAGACAACACAGAUCACCCAAUACUUGGCAGAAGCGGGCUACACUUCUAGAGGCAAGAUUGGAUGUACCCAGCCAAGAAGGGUGGCAGCCAUGUCGGUGGCCAAAAGAGUGUCGGAGGAGUUUGGUUGUUGCUUAGGCCAAGAGGUGGGCUACACUAUUCGAUUUGAGGACUGCACCAGCCCUGAAACAGUCAUCAAGUACAUGACAGACGGGAUGUUGCUCAGAGAGUGCCUGAUUGACCCCGACCUCACUCAGUACGCGAUCAUCAUGUUGGACGAGGCUCACGAGAGAACAAUUCACACUGACGUACUCUUUGGGUUGUUGAAAAAGACGGUUCAGAAACGGCAGGACAUGAAGCUGAUUGUCACCUCAGCCACCUUAGAUGCAGUGAAGUUUUCUCAAUACUUCUAUGAAGCCCCCAUCUUCACCAUCCCAGGUCGAACAUAUCCAGUGGAAAUACUGUACACAAAGGAACCUGAAACAGAUUAUCUGGAUGCCAGCUUGAUCACUGUCAUGCAGAUCCAUCUAACAGAACCACCAGGUGAUAUCCUGGUCUUCCUGACUGGUCAGGAAGAGAUUGACACUGCUUGUGAGAUCCUGUAUGAACGAAUGAAAUCCCUGGGACCUGAUGUCCCAGAGUUAAUUAUCCUCCCAGUGUACUCUGCUCUUCCUAGUGAGAUGCAGACCCGAAUCUUUGACCCAGCUCCACCUGGUAGCAGAAAGGUUGUGAUUGCCACUAACAUUGCAGAGACAUCGCUGACCAUUGACGGCAUCUACUAUGUGGUGGACCCUGGAUUUGUGAAACAGAAAGUUUACAAUUCCAAGACGGGGAUCGACCAGCUUGUGGUGACGCCUAUUUCUCAGGCUCAGGCAAAGCAACGAGCUGGCAGAGCUGGGAGAACGGGCCCGGGGAAGUGUUACAGGCUGUACACGGAACGUGCAUACCGCGAUGAAAUGCUGACCACCAAUGUGCCCGAGAUCCAGAGAACCAACUUAGCCAGCACUGUGCUCUCUCUCAAGGCCAUGGGCAUCAAUGACCUGCUAUCCUUUGACUUCAUGGAUGCCCCGCCAAUGGAAACCUUGAUCACAGCCAUGGAGCAGCUGUACACACUGGGGGCCCUGGACGACGAGGGCCUGCUCACUCGCCUGGGCCGCAGGAUGGCAGAGUUCCCUCUGGAGCCGAUGCUGUGCAAAAUGCUGAUCAUGUCUGUGCAUCUGGGAUGCAGUGAGGAAAUGCUGACCAUCGUGUCCAUGCUAUCUGUGCAGAAUGUCUUCUACAGGCCAAAGGAUAAACAAGCCCUUGCGGAUCAGAAGAAGGCCAAAUUCCAUCAGACCGAAGGGGACCACCUCACCCUGCUGGCUGUGUACAACUCCUGGAAGAACAACAAGUUCUCUAACCCGUGGUGCUAUGAGAACUUUAUCCAGGCUCGUUCCCUGCGCCGGGCCCAGGACAUUCGCAAACAGAUGUUAGGCAUAAUGGACAGGCAUAAGCUGGAUGUGGUCUCCUGUGGCAAGUCUACGGUUCGAGUGCAGAAAGCCAUCUGCAGUGGAUUCUUUCGUAACGCUGCCAAAAAAGACCCGCAGGAGGGUUACCGGACACUGAUUGACCAGCAGGUGGUCUACAUCCAUCCUUCCAGUGCACUGUUCAACAGACAGCCGGAAUGGGUGGUGUACCACGAGCUGGUGCUAACUACGAAGGAGUACAUGCGUGAGGUCACCACCAUCGAUCCCCGAUGGCUUGUUGAGUUUGCCCCGGCCUUCUUCAAGGUCUCUGACCCCACCAAGCUAAGCAAGCAGAAGAAGCAGCAGCGUCUUGAACCCUUGUAUAAUCGCUAUGAGGAGCCCAAUGCCUGGAGAAUAUCCCGGGCCUUCCGACGGCGCUGAUAGGCAAGACUUGUUUGUUUUCCUCUCCUGCAGCCGUGGCCCAGGGCUUGGACUUAUUCUUAUUCAUAAAAAGCUGGCCCUGGGAAUGCAGCUGUCCGUGACUGAAUAUCACAUCUGGGCAUUUCUAAACUUCACUCUCACUUCUUCCCUGUUAGUAAAAUAGAAACAGGGUUAUAAUCCUGGUGACCAGAGCCUCCAGCUCCCAACCACCCCAAGUCACUGAGGGCUGCCAGGGGCUCACAGCCAACAUGAGAUGUUGCAUCAUCUCCCAGAAAGGGUCAACUUUUACAGCCCCAGGAUGGGAAAACAAGUCACCAAGCAUCUGACACAGGGACACAGUGAAGGCCGUCAUACCCCAGCUGGUGAUGCCUGGAGGAGGGAGCCACAAAGCUCAUCUAAAGUGUUGGUCCUGCGUCCUGCCCCUGUGCUUUGGCUUAACCUUCUGGAAAUAUUUAUUUUCUUAAGGAAACAAAAAUGGUUUCUGGGCUGUUACUUUUCGCUGGAAUGUUAGCAUAUUGGCGGGGGCUCAUGUUGAGGGAGAUUUAGUGGCUGCGGCUCAGGUGCACCUGGUGAAGAAUCCCCUGGAACCAGAGUCCUGGCCUCUCUGGGCUCGGACGUGAUGCGCAGCCCAGGCCUGCCGCCUUAUCUUUCAGCGCAGGCGCUAGCCCAGUGCACCGUGGCCCGGCCUGCCCGGUGAUUAACCACAUCCACUCCACAGGGCUCUGCAGUCUGGGCGCCUGAGUGGUUACAGAUGUUGCAUAUUCAAUACAGACGGUUCUCCCUUGUUUCCUUUCCUUCUCUCUCCCUCCAUCUCACAGGGUGCAAUGUGUGUCCUGUUUCCUUUUGAAACAUACUAAGCGAAGGCACAACUUUUAUUUUGUUUUUAUUUUUCCCCUGAGGUUCUGGAUGGAUUUUAACAAAGCAUUUUUAUGGUUAAACCUCUCCUCCCCCUCCCCCACUCUGAACAUAAAACCAACGAGAUACCUCUCAGAGCUGGUUUAUGCUGCCUAAUAUCUGUGUUCGUCGAGUCCUCCAUGCUUUUUUCUCUUGCACUUGACUCUUCUGGAGCAGUUGGGUAAUGGCUGCCUACUGGUGCCCCUCUAACAGCUUCUCUCCUGGGAGGCUCUUUACUUGGAGGAACAUCAGACAGGUGCUACCAGGCCAGGUUGAGAAGCUUCUGGAAAGCUGGUCUGCACCUGGAGCCUGAGAGGAGCCUGUGGGGGAUCAGGUACAUCCUAUCUAUAUUAUGCGUGGCCCAUGUGCCCCUCCCCCAUAUUAGUAAGUUCUGAAAUUAUGUAAAUGUAGAAAUACUGUAGAAUUGUACGCCAGGCCCAGAAAGAGACUAUACGAUGUGCUGAGAUAUACAGGAAUGUAGGCUGUCACUGGACAACAAAUAAACCACCUUAAAGACACAAUCCAAAGAGAAGCCAUUGGAGAGUAAUAUAGGCCAGGGAGUCUGCUGACUACACAUCCCUGCCCCUUCCUUAAGCUGAGUGAGCUCCUCCUGAUUCCACUGGAGUAUGCUCCUUAGUUAGCUCAAGCCAGCAAUAAAGGGGCAGGGAUUGUUGGGUGUUAACCUUUAAGACGCUAGGGGCAGCGACUGUGCAUUAAUACUGGCCCUUCUGAGUUCAUUCCCCCCAGGUAGGAGGGUUUGGGGUUUAAGGUGAAGUUGAGAAGGGGAUGUUAGGCUGGGGGUGAGGGAUAGUGGGAUGGUCAUCUUCGUGGAUUAGGUGAGCAGAAAGGACCUCAGCUCUCUGGGUGUUCCUUGAACACCUUUCCCUAGGAGCUGGGGUCCCGUCUCUGCUAAGACAACAUGGCUGGUGUCUGACCUUUUGACUAUCCAUCAGGAAACAGCAGUGUAUGCAGCAGAGCUGAGCCUGCUGGAAGGGAGAAGGGGGCUCUGGCCAGAUUCUCAAGGAGAACUCUCCUGCUGCUGGCACACAAUGGAGUCCUUGUUCUCUUCCUUGAACCAAUCUUUCCAAGGUUCAUCGGCCCAGAAGAUGUGGGUCUCAUGCUGGGAGCUGAAAUCUUCUUGGCCAUUAAGGUAUAUUGUUCACCCCAACCCGGCAGGAGCCUGAGCGUGGGAGUCUCCUGCCCCUGCCCGCGUGCUGAGUCUGUUGUGUCUGUGUAUGGGGUGGGGGGCUGGUCCCUGUGGGGCACGUGGAGACUCUACUGCUGGGUCAGCCUGUGGUCCAGGGUUUAACUUCAUCUGCCUGGAGCCUGGUUUUGUUUUGGCUCUCCCUUCUAUAACCCAAAGAAUUUCCUCCCAGUGGGCUGCUGGAAACCAUAACUGUCCCCUUCGACAUAGCACCCCUCCAGGUUUGAGGAUGUGAACAAAGAGCAAUGAGUGGCUUGUUAGUUAACAGUCCAGAGGGCAGUAUUGAAUUUGCUUCACUAAACUGUCUCAGCCUGUGGAGACUUUUGACUUAUGCUAUUUCUCUAAAUCCCAGUCUCAUGUGCAUACUCAGGACCUCAGGGUUUCCACCCCGAUUUUUACACCUUCCUCCUAACUUGAUAGACUGGCUUUAAUUUGGAAUUAAAUUGUAUAUUUUUUUCAAACUUGCAUUUAAAAA